UUCCACCGUUUUCACACACGCAUCGGAACUGUCUCGAUACUGCGGCAAAAAGAUUCAAUAAACUUGCAAUAUUGAUCGGCUCUAGUUAUCGGCCAUCCCGUGAAAUUAUCGACAGAAUAUAGCGGAAAUUCCGAAUGAAAAAGUGAUGGAGGAAUUGACCAUUAACGAAUUAUACACUUCGGAUAAGCGAGGACACGAUGAGACUGGCAACGGCACGGCAGAAACCCCCUUCAAGACUAUCUUGCGGGCGAUGAAGCACGCCGGCAAGGAACCUUUCCCGACUAUCUACGUGGACGCAAAAGAUGAAAAAGCGGAGUCCCCGUACGAAGUGGCAGCGAAAUCCCAGCUGAAGAAAAUCCAGAAACUAUGGGCCCGAGACAACAUAAAAAACGCUGACAAGCAGAAACGGGAAGAGGAAGAUGCCAAGAAGCGAGAGCAAAAUUUGGACGAAGCAAAGAAAAUCGUUAUCAGCGAGGAUCCUUCAUGGGCUGUUGCCAAGCUAAUCAAGAUUUUGAAAGGUGGUGAAAAUCGUGGAGUUCGGGUGAAGAUCUACGGAUGGGUUCAUCGAUUGAGACGGCAAGGAAAAGGUCUGAUGUUCAUUACGCUACGCGAUGGAACUGGAUUUUUGCAGUGCGUGCUUACCGACGUCUUGUGCCAGACUUACGAAGCGCUGAUUCUUUCGACUGAAUCCUCCGUUCAGUUGUUCGGAACGCUGAAGGAAGUUCCUGAGGGUAAAACUGCCCCCGGAGGACAUGAAUUACAUGUGGACUAUUGGGAGCUAAUUGGAUUGGCCCCUGCUGGUGGGGCAGAUACGAUUCUGAACGAAGACGCUCAUCCGGACGUGCAGCUGGAUAACCGGCAUAUUAUGAUAAGAGGUGAAAACACUUCCAAGGUCCUGAAGAUGAGAGACGUUGUGAUGCAGGCAUUCCGGGAGCACUAUCAUGAUCGUGGAUAUACUGAGGUAACACCCCCGACUCUGGUUCAGACUCAAGUUGAGGGAGGUUCGACGCUAUUUAAGCUGGAUUAUUUUGGUGAGGAAGCCUACUUGACGCAGAGCUCUCAGCUCUAUUUGGAAACUUGUCUUCCUGCUUUGGGUGAUGUUUACUGUAUCGCUCAGAGCUAUCGGGCUGAGCAGAGCCGAACACGUCGUCAUUUGGCAGAAUACAGCCACGUGGAAGCCGAAUGUCCGUUCAUCUCAUUCGAAGAUUUACUCGAACGGCUGGAAGAUUUGAUUGUGGAUGUUGUGGAUCGCGUGCUGAAAUCUCCAUGGGGACAUUUGGUACAGGAGCUCAACCCUGGCUUCGUGCCCCCAAAGAGGCCAUUCCGUCGGAUGAACUAUGCUGACGCGAUUAUUUGGCUGAAGGAAAACAACGUCACCAAGGAUGAUGGUAGUUUCUACGAAUUUGGCGAAGACAUUCCGGAGGGACCUGAGCGGAAAAUGACGGACACUAUCAACGAGCCGAUUAUGCUGUGCCGAUUUCCGGCCGAGAUUAAGUCGUUCUAUAUGGCAAAAUGUGCCGAAGAUCGACGCUUGACCGAGAGUGUCGAUGUGCUGCUACCGAACGUGGGUGAGAUUGUUGGUGGCUCGAUGAGGUCCUGGGAUCACGAGGAACUGAUGGAGGGCUACAAACGUGAGGGAAUUGAUCCCAAGGCAUACUACUGGUACAUCGAUCAGCGCGUGUACGGGUCUCAGCCGCACGGUGGGUAUGGGUUGGGAUUGGAGCGGCUCAUGUGUUGGCUUUUGAACCGGUACCACAUUCGAGAGGUAUGUCUCUAUCCUAGAUUCUUGGAACGAUGCAAGCCGUAAUUGCGAACUAUCUGAAUCUAUAUGGAGCAUUUGUUAGAUUCUCAUGCAUUUUUUGGAGUAUUCAUCAAGAGCUUGAUGAAUAGAUAAUUAUCACAAUACACAAUAAUAGCUAAGCUUAUA